ACUCUGUGACUCACAACUUCCCAACAUUUUCACUGGUGAGAGUAGGUGAUGAAGUCAAAAUGCAAUUGAUAACUUUAUGCUUUGUCUUUGUACUCUCGUUGUGUACCUUCAACGUGGUGAAAUGCCAAGAAGUAAAAUGUCGAUUGUUACAAAAAGAAGGAACCCUUUAUAAACCUUCUGGACGCAGUGUCUUCUAUCCUGAUGACAAGUUAGAAAUUAAAUGUCCAAAAGGCUUCUGGGAUUUUUUCUCCAAGACCACUGAAAAAGAAGUGACAUGCAAUGACGAUGGAAAGUGGUCAUCUUCUACAGAUUGUGAACAGAUAACCUGUGCUCCCCCAGAUGAUACUCUUGUUAAGUAUGGCAGGUGGGAUAGAAGAUGGAGGACAGGAAGAUUUGAAGAAAAAAAGGAUUAUCAAUGCAUAUUUGGAUAUAAACCCACAAAUGGCGCAACUUUUGCGGAAUGCACAAAUGAUGGCACCUGGACCCCAAAUCCACUCUGUCAAGAGAUAACCUGUGCUGCCCCUCAUGAUAAUCUUGUGAGUCACACCAGCCUGACAAGAUGGAGGACAGGAAAAUUGAAUGACCAAAAUGAUUACCAGUGUAAGCCUGGAUAUAAACCCACAAAAGACGCGACUUUUGCGAAAUGCACAGUUGAUGGCACCUGGACCCCAACUCCACUCUGUGAAGAAGUAAAAUGUCGAUUGUUACAAAAAGAAGGAACCCUUUAUAAACCUUCUGGACGCAGUGUCUUCUAUCCUGAUGACAAGUUAGAAAUUAAAUGUCCAAAAGGCUUCUGGGAUUUUUUCUCCAAGACCACUGAAAAAGAAGUGACAUGCAAUGACGAUGGAAAGUGGUCAUCUUCUACAGAUUGUGAACAGAUAACCUGUGCUCCCCCAGAUGAUACUCUUGUUAAGUAUGGCAGGUGGGAUAGAAGAUGGAGGACAGGAAGAUUUGAAGAAAAAAAGGAUUAUCAAUGCAGAUUUGGAUAUAAACCCACAAAUGGCGCAACUUUUGCGGAAUGCACAAAUGAUGGCACCUGGACCCCAAAUCCACUCUGUCAAGAGAUAACCUGUGCUGCCCCUCAUGAUAAUCUUGUGAGUCACACCAGCCUGACAAGAUGGAGGACAGGAAAAUUGAAUGACCAAAAUGAUUACCAGUGUAAGCCUGGAUAUAAACCCACAAAAGACGCGACUUUUGCGAAAUGCACAGUUGAUGGCACCUGGACCCCAACUCCACUCUGUGAAGAAGUAAAAUGUCGAUUGUUACAAAAAGAAGGAACCCUUUAUAAACCUUCUGGACGCAGUGUCUUCUAUCCUGAUGACAAGUUAGAAAUUAAAUGUCCAAAAGGCUUCUGGGAUUUUUUCUCCAAGACCACUGAAAAAGAAGUGACAUGCAAUGACGAUGGAAAGUGGUCAUCUUCUACAGAUUGUGAACAGAUAACCUGUGCUCCCCCAGAUGAUACUCUUGUUAAGUAUGGCAGGUGGGAUAGAAGAUGGAGGACAGGAAGAUUUGAAGAAAAAAAGGAUUAUCAAUGCAGAUUUGGAUAUAAACCCACAAAUGGCGCAACUUUUGCGGAAUGCACAAAUGAUGGCACCUGGACCCCAAAUCCACUCUGUCAAGAGAUAACCUGUGCUGCCCCUCAUGAUAAUCUUGUGAGUCACACCAGCCUGACAAGAUGGAGGACAGGAAAAUUGAAUGACCAAAAUGAUUACCAGUGUAAGCCUGGAUAUAAACCCACAAAAGACGCGACUUUUGCGAAAUGCACAGUUGAUGGCACCUGGACCCCAACUCCACUCUGUGAAGAAAUGAAAGAACUAUGUCCACCUUUGACAAAUGGAUUCAUAGUAAGGGAGAAUGCCAGUAGCAGCACAUUCUACUAUUCCUGCAAUGAAAAUUUCAAACCAUCUACUGGGGGUUGGUGGGGUGUGGCAACAUGCAAAGAUAAAAAAUUGUCUGGAGAUCCAACUUGUAUUGGUGUCAACAGAGGUAAAAUUAACUGUCAGAUCCCUGACAUUCCCAACUCAAAAGCUGUGAGCCAAAAUAAUAUGAAAGUUACUUGCAAAGAUGGAUAUACAUUGGUUGGUAUGAAUACAAUAAAAUGUACAAAUGGAAAAUGGGAAACACCCUUACCAGAGUGUAAAUUUACAUGUGGUCCUCCACCUAAGGUUGACAAUGCAAUUGUUAAAAUUCCAUAUCAAAAAAUAUUUAUGGAAGAAUCUAGAGUGAAUUAUGAAUGCCGGAAGGCAUUUGUAAUGGAUGGGUCUCAUGAAAUUACUUGCAUAAAUGGGAUUUGGACUACUCUUCCAACAUGCAAACAGCGGACAGAUGUCUGUGGACCUCCUCCAUUUCUCAACAACGGAGACACAGUGCACCAUAAAGAACAGUAUAGAAACGGUGAAUCCGUGGAAUAUGAGUGCCAGAAAUACUACAUCCGUAGUGGUCAAUCCCACAAGACAUGUCGUAACGGAAUCUGGGUUGGACAGAUUACCUGCCUGGAACCCUGCACUGUGAAUAAACAGCUAAUGGCAGAACGGAACAUUGUAUUUGCCUAUCGGACAGAAGAUCCUAAUAAGCUUUAUUCCGAACAUGGGGAUUAUAUCACUUUUGAGUGCACUAGUAAUACACAUCCUUCAUCAGACAGCGUAGGUUUCCGUCAGCAGUGUUUAAAUGGGUUCAUGAACUUGCCUCAAUGCCAAUAGUUGCAGCAACUUAUUGGAAUUGAUGUCUAUACCAGCUUUCUGAUGAAUGUCAAUAGAACAUUGUACCACAGUCUAAAAAAAAUAACUACAGUGCAUGUUCACUCAGGCCAUGAUCAGAAACAACAAUGCGAAAAAAAAUGCAGAAAGCUGGCAGACGACAACACUCAGAUUAAAAUCAGAUGUUUUAUUUACAGCAGAAACCAGUUGAAAUAAAAAUAAAAAAUUU